AAAAUUAGCUCCAGAAAUGUGUCUUACAAAUAAAACAAGAAAGACAGUGUUGUCUAUUUGUAUUAUCUAUGAUUACAUACUAUAACACUUAAAUAAUCAUUUACACAUGUGCAUGAAAUUUAGUCAGUCAAGUGAUGAAGGCACCACCCUCUCAAAGCUUCUGGCUACGCCCCUGUGAUAGGGUAAACAUGUAAUGACUGUAUUAUAGUUAUUUAUCUUCAAGUAAAGUUUUAUUUAAGCAUUUUUAUUGUUAGCCUUCUCUGCAAUAAUAAGUUCAUUUUAAACAACCUUUCAGCAGGUCAGCUUCUGUUAGAUACUGUAGAGCAAAUGAAAAUGGUGAAAUUGCACAAAAUCCCCAUGCAAUUCUGUUCGUCAACUAUAAAACCUCAGGGUUUUAUCCCCUCAUGUGUCUUUAAACAGUGCUUUAUCAUAAUAAAAGUGAACAAUGUAGACAGUCCCCUCAUUUAUAAACUGCUUUUCUUCUAACCUGGACUGGAUUUCAUACUCACUUCCUCCUGUUAAAAUGGAAAACACUGUUCCGAAUACUUAAUAGCACUCUGGGUUUUUUUUUUCUUCUUCUUCCCUUUUUUUUAUGCAUAUGAGCCAGAAACCCAUGACAAACAACAGAGCCCAGACUAAACAUAAACCUGGAGGAUGCAGGACCUCAUCUCAUGCUCUUGCUGACCAUAUAAAGAAAGACUUGCAUGAUUGAUCGCAAACACACACAGUCACACUUCUCUCCGUAAAGUGGUCACAGACACCAUGUGAGUUUAACAGCUUGCUUCUGGAAGGAGACAAAAAAGUUAUUCAGCCUGCAGCCUCAUUCUCCCUCCGACUGUUAUGGCUUUCUACUUCACACAGGAAACUUUGGCCUUUUCUUGCAUUGACUAACAAAUGUGAGGAUAAAGAGCAGAAGCAACACAGACGCACUCCCACAGUCAUCUGGAGCCAACGUGAGAGACAAAAUCAAAAUCUAGUCGAUUAUUAUUUGUAUUUAUUAAACAUUCUUAUAUCCUGCUGUGAUUAGUGUGUCUGGCCUUGGACAUCCAGAACUUCAACAGGAGUGUGGAGGCGAGGUCCCCAGCCCCCACAGCACACUAUAAACUCCUACCUAACAAGAACAAUCUGUGAAGGCCACCGAGCUCCAAAAGUCAGAGGGGGGAGGAGAACACUGGAAAGGCAGAAGGAGGGAUUUGUCCUCAUGGUUAACAUCUUUUCUUUUUUUCUUUUUUUUUUUUUGCAUUAUGCAGACAAACCAACAGUCUGAAAUCUGAAACGGUAAAAGUGGCGUGGUUAAGUGAGCGCUCGCCACUCGUUUCUCUCUCGGUUCACUUUAUGAGCCGUGCUCAGACACACGACAACCCCCCAACCAGCCAAAACUCCAACCCAGACGCCUCUUCAACUACAGUGCAUGGUCCCGUGGGGAAACGAUGCUCCCAAUGGCACUUCACCUGAUUGGACUGUCUGUGGUGCUGUGCAUCAGCAGGACCUUCUCCACCCCCCUUCCUUUACAGCCUUUACUGGAGGGAAGCACAGAUGAGGAUGAACUCAGUAACUCCAUCCCCAUCACCUCCACACUGGCCACCACCAACCUUUCAGAUUUCCAAACUACUCCUGGUGGCCCCGCACGUGGGGACACUAACUUUCUUGGUGAGGCUGUGAACUUUCUGCAGGAGAACUUGUUCCUCAUCCUUGUAGUAACCACCAUCGCCCUUGCUAUCUUGCUUGUUAUUUGUGGGGCAAUCUUGAUGAGCCGCAGGCACAAGGUUAAUGCCUAUUAUCCAUCGUCAUUCCCAUCAAAAAUGUAUGUGGACCACAAGGACAAAACCGGAGGUGUUCGGCUUUUUAAUGAAGUGCCAGAAAAACCUGCUCCUGAGCAGGAAAGCGAGCCACUGGACUCCCACAAGCAGCUGCAGGAAGACAUCAUGAGAGCUGCCAAAAGCCUCAGGGCAGCAAAUAAAUCUGUUGAUGUUGCAGAGGGAAACGAUCCCAGUCAAAAAGUAGAUCAGAGUUCUGAGGGCAGCUUUAAAGCAGAUGGCAGCAUCCGGGAGGAGGAAAUAUCAAAUGUCCCUGAGGAAGAGAAGCUGUGUCAGCUCACUGACCAUGGAGCAGCUCCAACAGACAGCAGCUCUGAGCCGAUUCAUCCAGAACAGGCUCAACCACAGCCAGAGGAUCCACAGGACGAACCUUCGUGCGGCCGCAGUCUCAGGCCCUCCUCACUGCACCUUCACGGUGACUCUGCUAAACUCCAGCUGAUCGCAGGAGAGAAAACUGCCUUCUGACUAUUCAACACUGAGACCUGAAUCUGUUUUUGCCACAUUAAAUCCACAAUUAUCAAGUUUCCCAAUAAACCACUUCAGAUUUCUGCAGAAUUAGACAAUAUAUCAUUACUAUAUGUCGCAAUAUUGAUUCAAGUGACUCAAGUUUUUUUUUGCAAACAUUGAGAACCCAUGUGGAGAUUUUAAAAUAUUCUUUGUGUUUUGGAGAUUCAUCAUUACAACAAGACUUGUGGAAAUUUCCUGAAAAUUGAGUCAGCCUACUAACACAUAGCAAUGCUACAAAAAAAAAAAAAAAGGCUUUAGACUUUUAUUGUAGACUUUUGUGGAAAGGUUUCAAAUACAUACAUUAAAUUCAAAACCAUUUUAAUGCCACAGGUUAUAUCAUUGAAUAGCAAAAAGUGACUGGUUAGGGUGCAAUAAAGCUUUACUGUGCACAUCAAAACAUUUAAAAAACACAUAAUCUUACAAUAAAACAAUCUGAAAACAAAGUUCACUUUUGUACCAACCACCGUCGUGUUUACAUUGUGCGCUUACAUGACAGGCUAAAGAUACAGUG